AUGAAGAAGCCAAGCGCCAAAGCCAUGGUCAAGGCCAAAGCCAAGGCCAAGGCCAAAGCCAAGUCAAAGACGAAGGCGAAAGGGAAGCCGAAUCCGUAUCGGGAGAGCCUGGAGGUCUGCCGACAGCUCAGCGAGGGUGAGCUGGCCCUGGAAGAUUUGGGGAAGAGCCCUGAGACUCAAGGCUACAAGCUGCUAAGAGACUUGCUGCCUGCCUGGCUUUCGAAGCACGAAAAAAUGACGGCUAAACAUGUGCCUCCGAGCUAUGACUACACACUCUGGCGCUUUGCACAGGUGUGCGGCUUCGAGAUCGACGGGCACGGGCCCGGCUGGUCCGAAGAGUCCCUGUGCAAGAUCCUUUUCUCUGACAAGAGUGACAAGCGCUUCUAUACCAUGGGAGUCGAGAACGGCCAUUUCAUCCGGGACGGUGCCCACCACUUCUACGAAUACCUUGUCAGUAAAAAGAUAAACCCGACAGAUCUAGAGGAAAAACUGAAAAUGAAGCAACUGAAAAUAUUGGAAGACUUGCUGGUGGCGUUUGCAGGUCUGCCUGAAAAGUCUUGUGCGAGUCAUAAACUCUUUCGCUGA